AUGACUGAAUUAGAAUCUGAGACUGUGAGCGAUCUUCUGCAGAAAAUGGUUAUCUCCAUUUGUGGAGAACAGAAACCAGAUGUUCUUAGAAGAUUUAUGCGAUUUGCACUGGGUCUCUUGUCAUCAACCCAAGGAAUAGAAACAUUUCGGGAAGAUGAGUUAUCUGUGGCAAGUCAUAUAAAGAGCAAAUUGUCAGCACAUGAUGCUAUACAGUUUGACAGGUUGCAUAAUGAUCUUAAAGAUAAGCCAUUAAAAAAUAGAUUAGGUAUCUUGAUAUUUCUCCUCAACAUGGGACAAUCAGCGGAACAAGUCAAGGAGAAAUAUUUCACAUUUCCAGAUACACGGUUAGGAUUACAUUCACCGAUGGCUUCAUCAAGUGGUCAAUCAUCCCAGACAUCAUGUGCUCAUGCUCAAAUAGUCCCAGCAAGUUCUACCGGAUCAAGCAUACGCAGAUUUCCCGCUAAUCCAAGCAGAAUUUUCAAUGAGGACUGUGUCUCUGAAGAUGUUCUCGUUCGAGAUCUGAUAUAUUCCUUCCAAGGCAUUGAAGGAAAAAUUCUUAAAUUAGACUCCAAUUACGGAUUUCAAAUCGAUUCCACAGUAAAUGUCAACAGAUCUCAUAGACAAGCUGUAUUACGAUUAAGUGAAUUGGGAUACUUGCAUAAUGUAGUGCGUAAAGGCCUAGAUAGAAUGUCUGUGGCAGGUGCAGGUAUAGUAGCUGAUAGCUUUGUAGCUGCUUUGCACCAGGAGUUAUCUGAGUACUACAGGUUUAUUGCUAUCAUGCAGGAAGAAGUCAAUAGAGCGCAAGGUCCAUUGGGUUUGGAUGGGGUAACACUUUCUCAUCUGCAUCUCUGGGCUUACGACCCUCUGGAAACUUUGAAAUGGAUGGCAAGUAUUGUAAGAGCUUGUCGUGGGCAAAAGGGUGGUGCAUUAGCUUCAGCUGUCUAUGCAUUCAGUCAUCAUGGUGAUGCAGUAGUAAAGAGGCUUGUGAAAAGAAUUUUGCAAAGCGUUUGCGAUCCUCUUUAUAACAUGUUAAUGAGAUGGAUAACAGAUGGUGAAUUGGAUGAUCCGUACAAAGAAUUUUUCAUAGAAGCUUGUGCUGAUGUUGCGGAUGAUAGAAUGUGGCACGAAAAGUAUCAAGUGAGAGAUUCCAUGGUUCCAUCUUUUAUUAGUAAAUGCCAAGCUAAAAAAAUCUUGGGAACUGGGAAGAGUAUAAAUUUUCUAAGGGAAGUUUGUAAAGACUUUGCACCACUUCAAGGUCGAGAUACAGGAAUAUUCAAGAACAAUUCUCAGGAUUCUAAUGUUGAAGCUUUCUUCGAUAUGGACCCAGAUGGGCAUCUACAAACCAUGAUGGAUGCAGCUUACAAAGAAACUUCAAUCAGAGUUGUUGAAAUACUUACGAAACAGUAUCAACUUAUGGACCAUUUGCAAGGGAUAAAAGGAUAUUUGUUACUUGGUCAAGGACACUUUAUACAGCAUCUCAUGCAUUUGCUGGAACCUGAAUUAGCAAAACCAGCAAAUUCUUUGUAUCCGCAUAAUAUAUCCUCGAUACUCGAAACAGCAAUUAGAGCAACAAGUUCAAAAUUCGAUGAUUUAGAUGUACAAAGACGUUUGGAUGUCAGAUUACUAGCACCGUCCGAAAGUGAAACCGGGUGGGACGUAUUUAUUUUAGAUUACAACGUUGACGGACCCAUAGGAACGAUUCUUGAACCUAAUAGACAGACGUACCAAACUGUGUUCUUUUCUCUCUGGCGCGCGAAACGCAUGGAAACGAUUUUAUCUGCAAUUUGGAAACAGCAAACGACAUCAGCAAAAAUGUUUCGGAAAAUGCGAGAAGUUUUGCCAAUUCAAAAUCAUAUUCAUCUCAUCACAAGCAGUAUGGUUCAUCUUGUGCAUCAGAUGCAAUACUACUUUUUAUUCGAGGUGAUUGAGUGUUCUUGGGAUAUAUUCGCAAAACAAUUGGGACAAGCUGAUUCCCUAGAUGAUAUUAUAUUGGCGCACAAUAAUUUUGUUGAAUCAGUAAGGCGAGGAACAUUGCUCGAUGAACAAUCACAGGAACUGAUGGACCAUUUACGUUCUGUAUAUGGACCAAUACUUGAUCUCCAAAAUCUCGAGGAAAAUUUUCUUGCUCGAGCAACUCAGGAAUACGAAGCUAGAUUGAACGAAGAAGAGUUCAUUGGUGUGACAAGUGAAAAAACUAAAAAAUGGGGCAAAACCAAAGCAGGAGAUAUUGAAAACUCCGAGCGGAAAAGUGCCUUCAUGAAAUAUUUAAAUACUCUCUCCAUCCAAUUAAGAUUAUUAUCCAGAACUUAUCAGGAUCGAGUGAAAAAAUUCCUACUGAUGUUAGCAUCCGCAGAAGACGUGUCGCUGCAAUUAUUAAGUGUUCGACUGGACUUUAAUGAAUAUUACAAGAGCAAAGACAGUCGUUUGGUAGCACCUCUCACUUAUCAACACCGUCGGCAGAACGAGCAAAGUUUAUUAUCAUGCAAGUGACAGUCGCCGAUGAAAGAUUCAUUAAAAUGUCUGAAUAGUCCAAGUGAUGAUACUUGGGAUAAAAAAUACUCGUCCCCCAAGAGAUCACGAAUUGCUUUAAAAAAUAGGGAUAAAAAUGUGCGUUUUGAGGUUCAUGAAACUCUCUCGCCAUAUCGUCAGUUGCAUAAUGAGUGCGACGCAGCGAGUCACUUCUAUCGGCAUGAAAAAUUGCCAAAAUUAAAAUUAAAUAUACAGGAUUGUAUUGCGUUAAAAAAGAAAACACAGAGAACAAAUUUGAAGAAUGUCGAACUGAGCAAACUGAAGUUUCGAAUUUUUCUAGAGAAUGAAAUUUUGUCGUGCGCGCAAGUGGAAUUUAAAACGAAUAACGUCGACGGUGUCGAGACGCCUACAACACCUCUGACGCCAAAUGUCGAUUUUAAUGAGAUUACUGAUUUUUCUCUUUAUCCUCCUGCCAGCUCUUCUAUUCCACUAGUUUUUCCAUCGCUCGAUGACAUAAAUAUGUCUGAAAUCAUCCUAGCGAAUGAAUUUGAUAUAUCAGAGCAUAGUGAUUUUUUAAAAAAUCCUACCGACGACGUUCUCAAAAUUCUAGAUGAUGCGUUCAUCGUAAGCAUCGAGAAUUUUGAGAGUGUAGAAUUCAAUUCCGUACUGGAGAUACAAGAAAAUUAUUUUACACCGGAACACUUUGAAAUUUCACAUGAAAAUCUUAAUUCCAUCAAUGAACAUAGUGCUACGAUAAAAUCAAAAAAAACUAGAAGAAAAAAGUCCAAAGGAGAACUAACGGAGAGUCUCAUAAAAAAUAUUAAUAGCAUUGAAAUAGAUGCUUCUUCAGAAAAUUCCGCUUCCAACAAUACAAUCUUGGGAGUGGAUGCAAAUGAUAUGAAUUGUGAAUUGAAUCCACAAACAAGAAGAAAUCGAAAAAGCAGAAUACCAUUUUGCUGUCUUGGUUAAGGUACAAUAUACGAUGAAUAUAUACGAAUAAUAAUUGUAGAACGUCGUACAUAUACAUAUGAUCUUUACACAGUUAUGUAGUACCAUUAUACUGCGUGUUACACAGUACAAAAACGAUUGAAAUUUCAAUUUGGAAUCUCUUAUGCAAAAUUAUAUUGAAACAUAUUCUCUCAAAAAGGCAAGCUUAUUUCUUGCAAGGGAUUAUUGGACUAUUUUUUAUUAAAAAAAGAUUCGAUUGUAUCGUUGAUGCCAGGAAUACUGUUAACGUACACAGUUAUUGAAUAACAAGUGAUUAGACUAAACACUACGUGCCCAUUUUGUAGAAAAAAAAUACUCAUAUAUGUACGCAAGGCAUAUAUUUACAGCAUUACUCAAUAUGAGUUAGCUGAGUUGCCAUGCCAAAUUUCUCAUAGCAAUCAACUAUAAAGCACCAUAACAUAUUUUCAUAAUGCAUUAGUACCUGCUUGGUAGACUAUUAUAUAAUAAUGAUGGUACCUGUACUCCCUAUCAAUACUGCUUGUGCCAUUGUAGUAUUAUUGUUCUUCUGUCGAUACCCUAUUACACCUUUUAUUUAUCUUCCAUUUAUUGAUAUUAUUUCAAAUGGAGUUGAUUGAUUCUGUAAUUAUCAGUUUUGGAGUAGCACUGUUAUAGGCGCUUGAUGUCCCUCAAUAUUUAUCUUGGAAUACGGAAUAAAAGAACUUUAUGUGA